AUGACAUCACAUCGACAAACGUUUCCACGUCGAGUUUUUACUCCAACACAACACACACCACCUUCAACUCAUUACUUACUUUUAUUUGAAGAAACUAAUUCGUACCAAAUAGUUACCCGAUCAAGUCUUAAAAAUAUAAAUGAUGAUGUUACAUUUAUUCUUAUUCGUAAUAAACUUUUACAAGCCAAAAUAGUCUUUCAUAGUUCCCUUGAAGAUUGUAAUAGUGAAUAUGCUCGAGUAACUCGUUUAUCACAAGAUCAAGCCGAUGAUCAAAAUGAUGGCAAUAUUCUCGCUUCAUAUGCAAUCAAUAUCAUUAAUUCAUCUAUGACAAAUAUAAGAUCUUCAAAAAUUGACCGAACACGUUUAUCAUCAUCAACUUCAUCAUCACCACGAAUUUCAACAUGUGCACAAGCACCAAAAAAAAUAGAUGUUGAAGGUUGUGCUUAA